UCUAAUUAUCCAUAUAUUAGGCCAUUUACGGUUAUCCCACAACUCACUGAUCCUUUUUUCAUUUUUCUUUCUGUUUUUUUUUAUUUAUUUUGGAUUUUUUUUAUCUUUGGGUUUCAUUUUGGGUAGUUUCUAUUGCUAUGCCCUCAAGUUCACUUGUCUUUUUUUCUGUAAUAUCUAACCUGCCAUUAAUCCUGUCCAGUGUGAUUAAUCCUGUCCAGUACGAUUUUUUUAUCUGAUAUUGUAGCUUUCACCUCUAGAAGAUCACUGGGAUAUUUUUCAUACAUUCCUUAUCUUAAGUGCUGGGAUUACAAGUGUGAGCCACAGUACCCAGCCAGGGUCCUUUUUUUUUAAUUUUUGAGACAGGGUUUCACUCUUGUCACCAGGCUGGAGUUCAAUGGCGUGAUCUCGGUUCACUGCAACCUCUGACUCCUGGGUUCAAGUGAUUCUCCUGCCUCAGCCUCCUGAGGGCCCGCUCAUAGAGGGCCCUCAAGAUUUGUGGUUAGAAGGCCUAAGAAACUGGACAAAAGUUGACUGUGUGGGCAGCCACAAGGGCCUAAGUUCUCAAACCCCAUCACUUACCCCCCCACUUCCUUGCAAGGCAUGGCAGGCCCAGCUCUGACAGAAGCCUAGGGUGAGGGGUCUCCCUGCUCUCCAGACUCAAAAGCCUGAGAGCACUAGGAGAUCCAGCUGGAGCUUCCAGACUCAUGCAUUUCUUUCAUUCCUUUCCCUCCAUCCUUGAUUCCCCUCCACAGUCAGGUGGUGGUGUAUGGAGACAAGGGAUCAAAGUUCCCAUCUGCCCUCUGCACCAGACCUGCCCUCAUCCAGCCUUUCCUGCAAGGGGCUGAGGAAACCUGUGGCUGGACCAGACCAAGCAACUCACCCAUAGUCGCACCACUGGCUGCCUCUAGCUAACGGCCUGGGAUCCCAGUGAGAGGUGACAACGUGCUAACAACCCUGGCUCGCUCUGGGCACCUCCUCGGCCUUGGCGUCUGCUCUGGCCAGGCUUCAGGAGUCCUUCAGCCCGCCGCUGCACUGUGUGGGAGCCCCUCUCUGGGCUGGCCGAGGCCGGAGCCGGCUCCCUCUGCUUGCGGGGAGGUGUGGAAGGAGAGGCGUGGGCGGGAACCUGGGCUGCACGCGGCGCUCGCGGGCCAGCGCGAGUUCCGGGUGGGCGAGGGCUCCGUGGGCCCCGCACUUGGAGCGGCCAGCCGGCACCACCGGCCCCGAGCAGUGAGCGGCUUAGCACCUGGGUUAGCAGCUGCGGAAGGUGCGCUGGGUCCCCCAACACUGCUGGCCCGCCCAAGCGGCACUCGAAUUCUUGCCGGGCCUCAACCACCUCCCCGCGGGACAGGGCUUGGGACCUGCAGCCCGCCAGGCCCGACCACCUGACCCGGAACCCCGUGGGCUCCCAGGCGGCCCAAGCCUCCCCGACGAGCGCCGCCCCCUGCUCACAGCGCCUGGUCCCAUCGACCGCCCAAGGGCUGAGGAGUCUGGGAAUGUGGUGCGGGACUGGCGGGCAGCUCCACCCGCGGCCCAGCGCAGGUUCCACUAAGGGAAGCCAGCUGGGCCCCUGAGUGGGUGGGGACUUGGAGAACUUUUAUGUCUAGCUGGAGGAUUGUAUGUGCACCAAUUUGCACUCUGUAUCUAGCUAAUCUGGUGGGGACUUGGAGAACUUUUACCUCUAGCUGGAAGAUUGUAAAUGCACCAAUCAGCACUCUGUGCCUAGCUCAGGGAUUGUAAAUGCAUCAAUCAGCUGUCUGUAAAACAGACCAAUCAGCUCUCUGUAAAAUGGACCAAUCAGCAGGAUGUGGGUGGGACCAGAUAAGGGAAUAAAAGCAGGCUGCCUGAACCAGCCACAACUGGUUCAGCUCCCCUUCCACACUGUGGAAUUUUUGUUCUUUUUGCUCUUUAGGUCUGUAUUGCGUUUAUGAGUUGUAACACUCACCACAAAGGUCUGCAGCUUCACUCCUGAAACCAGCGAGACCACGAAUCCACCAGCAGGAACAAACGACUCUGAAAGUGCUGCCUUUAUGAGCUGUAACACUCACCACGAAGAUCUGCAGCUUCACUGUUGAGUUCAGCGAGACCACAAACCCACCAGAAGGAAGAAAGUCCAGACACAUCUGAACAUCUGAAGGAACACUGUGGACACACCAUCUUUAAGAACUGUAACACUAACCGUGAGGGUCCGUGGCUUCAUUCUUUAAGUCAACAAGACCAAGAACCCACUGAUUCUGGACACACCAGAACCAUACAUCUGCUUCUAAGGGUUGUUCUGGCAAGAACAGGGUGACCUAGGUCAUACCUUUUGCCCAUUACCACCUGGUGAUACAGCCUGGUUCAGCUGCCCUAACUCUUAUGUUCUUGGGUGGUUUCCAUAAUCUGCCAGUUUUCCCAAUCGCCUGUGAUUUUUUGGGGGUAGAGGAGGGUCUGCUACAAAGCUAUAGAUAAAUAUAUGCAUACGUAUACACACACAUACACGUUUGAGGUAACUGUACAUUCAUAUAUAGUUAUAAGAAAUCAUACAGAGAGGGCCGCACGUGGUGGCUCACACCUGUAAUCCAAGCACUUUGGGGGGCCAAGGCGGGCAGAUCACGAGGUCAGGAGAUUGAGACCAUCCCGGCUAACACGGUGAAAUCCCAUUUCUACUAAAAAUACCAAAAAUUAGCUGGGAGUGGCGGCGGGCGCCUGUAGUCCCAGCUACUGGGGAGGCUGAGGCAGAAUGCCGUGAAUGUGGGAGGCGGAGCUUGUGGUGAGCUGAGGUAGUGCCACUGCACUCCAGCCUGGGCGACAGAGACAGGCUCCAUCUCAAAAAAAAAGUAAUAAUAAUAAUCCUCACACAGCUUGUUUUACAGACGUUAAGACAGGCGCAGAGAGGCUGGGCGUGCCAGGGCCCCCGGUAGCCCAGACCUGCCGUACUCUACCAGCCGAGCGCAGCCCGAAGGCCAGGGAACAAACACAGACGGAGGCCGAGUGGGCCUGGAGCAGGGUCUUGCCGCGAAGGGCCUGGGCUCAACGUUAGAGCGCGGCGCGACCCUACUCUGGCUGCAACGAGAGGGGUGAAUGAGGUGGGCGCCGGGGACCUCCCAGAAUCGGAGUUCCAGACGCUGGCGGGCCAGGGGCCGCCGGAAAACUACGCGCGCCCCGCCCUACCCCGUCCGGCCCCGCGCCCCGCUCUCCUCCCCCACUACACAGCCCUCGGCUGCCCCCUACCGCCGCCGGGCGGACCCUGCGAGCCCCGCUGUCCCCGCCUUCGCACCGCCCACCCCCGCCUCCGGAUUGGCGGCUCCAGAAAUCUCCAGGCCACCGGCUUUCCGCUACCGGAUUGGCUGCGCCCGGGUGCUGAGGCCCGGCCCAUUUCCCCGGGUCCUUUGAUCACGCGCCUGACGGCUUUUCCGGGGCCCGGGAGCCAACCGAGGGCGUUCCUGUCGGGGCUGCAGCGGCGGGAGGGAGCCCAGUGGAGGCGCCCUCCCGAAGCACCACUGCCCAUGCUGACCACCCAGCCCUCCGGCUGCUGAUGUCAUGAGUAACACCACUGUGCCCAGUGCCCCCCAGGCCAACAGCGACUCCAUGGUAAUGUAUGUACAGAAGAAAAAGCGGGUGGACAGGCUGCGCCAUCACCUGCUCCCCAUGUACAGCUAUGACCCAGCUGAGGAACUGCAUGAGGCUGAGCAGGAGCUGCUCUCUGACAUGGGAGACCCCAAGGUGGUACAUGGCUGGCAGAGUGGCUACCAGCACAAGCGGAUGCCGCUGCUGGAUGUCAAGACGUGACCUGACCCCCUUGCCCCACCCUUCAGAGCCUGGGGUCCUGGACUGCCUGGGGCCCUGCUGUCGGUCUGCUUCCCCUGCCGUCACCUAGCUCCCCCUGCUGGGUGCUGGGUCUCCAUUUCUCCCUCCACCCACCCUCAGCAGCAUCUGCUUCCCAUGCCCUCACCAUCACCUCACUGCCCCCAGGCCUUUUGCCCUUUGUGGGUGUUGAGCUCACUGCCCACCCACAGGUACUCAUGGGAAGAGGUUUUCCUUCUGGGAUGGGGGCGGCUGGUAGACACCUUUGCUUUCUCUCGCCCUCCUGGGCUUGGCUUGGGCAUAAAUCCCCAGGCGGGCAUUGGAGUUGUUUCCAUGGUGAUGGGGCCAGAUGUAUAGUAUUCAGUAUAUAUUUUGUAAAUAAAAUGUUUUGUGGUUA